GGCUGAUCGGCGCAUAACUACGAGGAUGCAAUCAACACUUAUUGGCCGUUCUGGUCGUGAGUACAAACGAGCCGCAGUACUACAUUCCCAUCCUAAUAAGUCCGAACUGGAUAUUCGCCUCGCAACCUCGGAUAACCAAUUCUUCGUCCUGAAACCCGUCUCGUCGUCCGUCUUUGGUCACUUACUCGAGUUCAGCAAAGAAUUUGGCGAUAAUCAUCACCUGAGAACCCACGUAGACUAUAACGAUAAGGAAAAUGUUGUUAUAUACGAGGGUUUCACCACCGAUGUGCUUUCCUUGGUGAAGAAUUAUCCACCUCUCCCGCUCAAGGUACGCAAGGCAAUUCUUCAGGAGGUCGGGUGUGCCCUAAGGGACAUGCAUGCAAAGAAUUGGAUACACCUUGAUGUGAAGCCAGAUAAUGUCCUUGUUAAUUGGCACAUAGACAAACAAGGGCAAUUUCAUCUCCAAAAGGUAGCAUUAGGUGAUUUGGAUGUCGCUUUGAAGCUAGAUAAUGAGAAGCUCUUCAACCAUAGGAUAGGGAACGUGAUGUGGCGCAGUCCAGAAGGCCAACUAGGAAAGGGUGUGGGCAAGCAUUCCGAGGUGUUUUCAUUCGGACUCCUUUGCUUCUAUGUCAUGACUGGCGUUGAAUGGCUCCACGCCGACUUCGCCACGCUCGAGGUUGAACCGGAGUCGGUGAUUCUAUUCAAGUUGCUUUCGGCCUUCGGACCUUUACCAGAUGCGCUCAUGAAACACGUCAAUGAUACUGAAUCCGCGGAGCUCUUGAAGGCCCUAUGGCAAGCGAUAUCAGAGGACGAAACUAACGAAUCCUUUGAUAGCUGGUCGUCAGACACGUUUCCCAACCUCGAUAGCGAGGUAAAGAGACUGAUUUUGAGGAUGACGAACCUCGAUCCUUUGCAAAGGGCAUCAAUGUCGGACAUCAUGGCCGAUGCGUACUGGAACUUGAAGGAUGCUAAAUGAGGAAGGACGGCGUUUGAGUCUAAAUCUAGAUACCCGUUAUCAUGGACUGACUGGUGAGGAUCCUUAUUUGAGUUUGAUCAUGCGUGAAACACGACUUCUGUGAUUUUCAGAGGGUUUCUUAGCCUAACCACCUAGG